AUGAAGAACGAAGAUAACGAGAAGGACUCGAAGGACGAUCGGUACCCGGGUCUUUUCUACUUCGUGUCGACGCAAGUACCAGCUGGUCCAGAGAAGGAUGAAGACCUUGAGGAGCCAGCAGCUGUGGGGAAGGUGACCCUACACCCCCUGGACUUUUGGGUGAUUGAUAGCGGCACUACAUAUAGCAUGACACCUCGCCCCGACUUGCUCACCGAACUUGAGCCGUCACCGGUGAAGCACGUAACAUCGGCUUUGGGGCAGCGAGCAGAGGUGAAAGGCAUGGGCAAGGCCAUGUUUAAGGGUGCUGAUGGGAACAUGGUGGGCCUCAAGAACGUGCUUUGGGUGCCCAGCCUUGCUGCGAACCUGAUUUCCGUGCGGCGGUUGGCGAAGGCCGGCAUGGACACGAACUCGAAGGGAGCCAAGACCUACACCGCAAGGAUUGGCGACCAGAUUCUUUGGGACCUUCAUGAGGAUAGGGAUGUCUACAACGAGAUGUGGCAGAUCCCUGUGGUCCCUAUGCCUAAGGAGAGGCAAGUGGCAGCAAGCGUCAGCACCAAGGGUAACGCUGUUGGUAGCGGCGAUAGCGCGGACGCUCGUGCUAAAGAGAAGGAGCUCAAGAAGAGCAAACCUGGAGGGACCAGCAAGCUGUGUGAACCUAAGGAGAGAGGUGCAGCAGCCAAGGAGCAGCACAAGGGUGAGGAGAACCCCGAGGCAGCAGCGGAGAAGGACAACAGAGAGAGCAUGUGGGGCGCUAUUGCGGGCGCCGCAUUCUCCAAUCCGACUUCGGCUACGGGGGAGUGUGAUUGGUUGACUUUGCAUCGGCGCAUGGGGCAUGUGGCCCUGCCCAUCUUGCAGCAGCUAGUGAAGAAUCAGAUAGUUGCUGGCAUACGUGUGAAGGGGGAGCCCGAUGAGGUGCUUGGCUGCCCGACGUGCAUGCAAGCCAAGUUCACCCGUUUCCCGUUCUCUAGUUCGGAGGCAACGGCUAAGGCACCACUUGAUGAGGUGGUGAUGGACGUGGUGGGCCCCCUGAAGCUUGGAGCUGCUGGAGCAGAGUACUUCUUCACGAUUGUGGACGUCUACACCCGCAUGACUUGGGUGUAUGUGCUGGCCAAGAAGAGUGACGUGGCUGAAACGUUGAAGAUGGAUUGGUUUCCGAUGGUGGAGCGGCAACAAGACCGUCUAGUCAAGUCAAUCCGCACCAAUCAAGGAGGAGAGUUUUUGAGCAAGGAGUUUGGGUUGUGGCUGAAGAAGAAUGGUAUUCGGCACUCCCUCACCAUGCCAUACUCCCCUGCAAUGAACAGCAUCGCCGAGAGGGCGAACCGCACAAUCACGGAGGCGGCACGCGGGUUGCUCAUUGAAGCCGGGCUACCCGACUAUUUCUGGCCUGAUGCGGUGCGGAGCGCGUGUGUGGCCAAGAACAGAGUUUUGACUCAUGUGGGAGCAGACAAAUGGGUGCCCUAUGUGGAGUGGCUUGGAAGGAAGCCAAAGGUGGAUAUGCUUCGGGUGUUCGGGUGCAUGUGCAUGGCGCUCGUACCUAAGCAUCUUCGGCACAACAAGCUUGGUGCCAAGGCGGUGUGGGCCGUGCACUUGGGCAUGGCUCAAAACAGCAAAGGGUGGCUUCUUUGGGACCCAUUCACCAAGAAGUUCUUGGUGAGCAGGGACUGCAAGUUCAUGGAGAACUUCAUGUACAAGGAUUGGAAGGCGGAGAAUGAGGCGAAGAUAGGCGUGCGGUUUGGAGAGGUGAAGAGAUUUCGGCUUGGAGCAUGUGGAGCUUCCUUUGGAGCUGAGCAGCGGCAGCACCACCACAAGGCAAUCUUCCCUUGUGAAUGGGGGAGAGGAGGCCAAGGAUGCAGAGGAAGAAGAGGAGGAGGUGCAGCAAGUGAGCGAGCGUGCACCGACACUCCCUUCCCGCACUACGAGUGCUCCACGGAAUAG